AUGGCACCCUACGAUACGACCCCCAUCCCACCAACCAGGACGCAUCGGCGCGCCACCAUCGUCGAUAGGGUAGCAUCAUGGACGCCACCACCGCGAUCAGCCACCGUUGCACUGCGCGAGCGACCCCUUACUGUACGCAUCGCCGUUGUGCCGCUGCAGAGCAGAACGAACAGCAGGGCAGCAGGUCGGCCCUGCUUGAAUGCGAUGCGCGGCGAUGCGAUGCAUCACCUGCCGCAGAAACAAGCAGGAAACCAUGACGUCGCUCCCCUCCCCGCAACCAACCCACCUUCACAGCCCGCCAUCACACACUGUCAGCGGCCCAUCACCGGGCAACACGCUCGGAUCAACCACGAUAACCCAGCAGGGGGCGGGACCUUCCGAAUCGGCGAGCACGCCGACGGCGAGGUGAAGUUAGUUCAGCUGAGGCUCAGCGACCGAGCUACCGGCCGGGCCAUCGCAACCCCGUCUGGGCAAGCUGGGGUAUCCGUCCCCGUCCCCCUACCCUUGCGUGGUAGUGGCCUCGGCGGCGACCAGGGCGGCGAACGAGCGGGGUCGCGCACGUAGCUGUGCUGGGGUGUAUUUGAGAUCUUCGAGACACGCGCUAUACCCGACGCGUUGUAUUUCUUCCAAUUCUGGUGCAGGGGAGAUUAACCCUGGCGUAGUGGUGUCUGUUACUAGUGUUUUAGUAAUGA